CACUUACGUUGUUGUUUCUGUCAGCAAACAACUCAAAGAGCUGGAGGAGUCGGGAUCCCUGAAAGGAGCUUUGGGUGCGGAGCAGCAGUUGGCGCUCAUUAGCAUCUGCACAGACCUGAAGGCAGCAGUAGAGGGUGCUACGUUCAUUCAGGAAUGUACUCCAGAGAACCUGGAACUGAAAAAGAAGAUUUUCGGUCAGUUAGAUCUUAUUGUUGGUGACAAUGUUAUCUUGAGCAGCUCGACCUCUUGUCUCUUACCCAGCAAAUUGUUCACUGGCCUUAAACAUGUUAAGCAGUGUAUUGUGUCACACCCUGUAAAUCCACCUUACUUUGUGCCAUUGGUUGAAAUUGUUCCUCAUCCAGAAACAGAUCCUUCUACUACAGAGAGAACAUACGCCCUGAUGAAGAAGAUUGGUCAGUCUCCUGUCAAACUAAACAGAGAAAUUGAGGGGUUUGUUCUGAAUCGGCUCCAGUAUGCAGUGAUAAGUGAAGCAUGGAGACUUGUGGGUGAAGGAGUAGUAUCUCCUACUGAUCUAGACCUUGUAAUGUCGGAUGGAUUGGGAAUGCGAUACGCAUUUAUUGGACCUCUGGAAACCAUGCAUCUGAAUGCAGAAG